UGUCCUUUCCGUGCUUUAACGCAAACAUGGCAAACUCGAAGGCGUCUGAUGAGGAUCCGAAACGGGCCGCUGUGUCCGCCGGAGUGUCCGCCGCGCUCUCUCCCCCGGCGGGCGGAGGAGCCGUCGCUUCUCCGUGUUUGUUGCCGACGUUCGCGGAGGCGUGCGCGCUCGUGCAGGCGCCCUACUCGUGUCUGGUGAUGGACACGAGCCGCAGACACGUCGCCCUGCCGCCCAUGUACCUGAAGAAGAAGCGGACAGGCAUUCAGGAGGAGCUGAACGCAGAACUGCUGAAAUACUCCAGCAGUUUGAAAGGUGUCCCCCUGGCGUAUGACCACAUCAAAGUUUUAGAACAACAUGGCGACAUACUGGAUGACCAAGGCUUCAUUCACUUGAACAUCGAGGCCUCGUUUGUGGUCUUCAAACCAAGGAAAGGAGAAAAGCUUGUGGGUGUGAUAAAUAAAAUAGCAGUGGGCCAUGUGGGUUGCCUGGUGCACGGCUGCUUUAACGCCUGCGUGCUUAAGCCAGCUCAGCUGACCCCUGACCAGUGGAGGGACUCCGGCCUGAUGGUGGGAGGCAGCCUGGAGUUUGAAGUGUUCCAGCUGGAUGCUGAUGCGGCUGGCGUCCUCUUGAUUAAAGGAAGAUUAGAGAAGCACAGGGUACAGCAGCUUGUUGCUUCCUUCGGCGGUGCAGGAACUGAGGAACAGGGUGAAAACAUGGCAAAGGAAACAGCCACUGAAAUGGACUCGGCCACUGCUGAAGAAGCCACCGAGAGCACGAGUCCUUCAAAGCCCAAGAAGAAAAAGAAGAAAAGGGAGAAGGAAAUGGACACAGAGGCCGUAGAGGACAUUAACAGCAACCAGGCAGCCGAGGCAGAGAGCCAUGAUGUUAACAGUAACGGAAUGGAGGUGGACCCCGAUUCCAGCAUCCACACAGAGGAGAAAAAGAAGAAGAAGAAAAAGAAAAAGGAUAAAAGGCAGGAGGCGAAUGAGGAGCUGCCUUCCCCCACCGAGCUCCCAAACAGUGACUCCAGUGGAUACGUCAGUGACAAAAGCAGCCGGAAGAGGAAAGCACAGGACGAUGAGGGUCUCUGUGAUCACUCUGACACACCUGUAGUCAAAAAGAAGAAGAGCAAAUGAUUUUUUUUUUUUGGCUUUUAUGCUGUGACUUUUCACACAUUUAUAUAUGAUGAAAGUGCCUCAUUGUGCCAAGAUGCCUUGAAAUGUAUUGCCAUUGGUAAGAUAAUUAAAUAAAGGACAGAUGGCGUGGCGGCAUGUAUUUUCACCUUGUCACCAGUAGAGGGCAGCAUGUAGUUUUAAAUGUCCUUGCUGUUUGCAAAGAGUUGUGGAUUCAAAACUUGCUUCAGAACUUAAAAGGAAAACAUAUGAAACGUCAUUGUGUGCAUUUCUGCACCAGGAAUUACAGGCAGAUUUAUAAUGAGCCGUUGCCCCUUCUUGAAUGCCCCCUAAGUUAGGUAAUAGAGAUCAAAACAAAAGAACAGAUAACACUGUCUUACAGGAUCACUGUAUUAAUCCUCAGAACAAGAACUGAGAUUUUUUUUAUUUUUAUUUUUGUGAAAAAGGCUAAAGCGUCUACUUGCGUACCUGCCUGAGAAGGGCUUCCCCAGCUGGAUCGAGCUCUGCGAGCCAGCGCGCACUUGCUUUGCGCCAGCAUUUCAUGUCGAAGGUAUAAAGUUUCUAAUUUUACAUGCACAGGAAACAUAAAGGGCUGUUCCAAACCUCAAAAAAAGAUUUCUGACUCCAGAGAGAAAGAAGAGAAAAAAAUCUGAAGGAAAAACAGCGUUAUUGGCAGGUGUUCAGUCUGUUCCAUGCUGUGGCUUCUGAAGAAAUAUUCCCACCUCUGCACACUAGCUGUGGGUCUAUAUGAGCUCCAUCCUGCAGGUGAAUGCAUUAGAGACUGCUGAUUAGCCAUGUUUUUGUUAAAGCCUAGAGGUGAGCAAUAGAGCAAAAAUGUAAUAUUGUAAUAUGAAAGGCUUUCGCCCGAUGAUAGCUGGGAUAGGCUCCGGCACCCCACCGCGACCCAGAAGGGUAAGCGGUUUAGAUGAUGAUGAAUAUGAAAGGCACAAUAGUGCCAAAACACAAAUAUUUUUGUUUUUAUUCAGUUUAAUAAGAAAAAAAAGAAAGAUAAUGGGCUAACAUUGAGUCCGUUCAGAGUUACUGUAAUCUUCUCACAAAUGUGAUUGAAAUUUAAAUGCCAAUUUGGCUCAUUAUAGAGCAGAUAUUGCAACUUUU